AUGAUAUUAAGUUGGAAAUUAGUUUUGGUUGCUGGCGGGAUAUUGGGAGGUGUUAGAGCCCAGUCGGACAAUAGCACAGUGCCAGAGGUAGCAGCUCCAGAUGCAGUUCCAAAUCCAUUGGGAAGAACAUAUCCUACGCCUUGUCCAAGCAGUUGUAAAAUUACCACCACAUCAAUUCGCUGGAAAACAAAGACAGAGACAGAAUACUGUACUGUGACUGUCACCAAUCCAGGUCCUACUUCCACCAAACCAGCAUCUACAGUAACUGUCACCAACCAAGCUUCGGUAUCCACCGUCACUGUCACCAACCAAGGUUCUACUGUGACCAAGCCAGUUUCUACGGUUACUGUUACAGCAACUGCGACAACUGAGAAGGACUAUACAUACACUGCGACUGUCAUUACAAGCGUCACAGCAACAGCAACAAAUACUUUGACUGCGACUGCGACGGCAACAGCGACGGUCACUACCGCAUCAGGUUUCACCGUCGUCUCCGAGAAGACAACAGAGAGAACGUUCUCAACUACUACGACGAGUUUGAUAACGACUUCUAUACCUUAUACGGUGACUACAACGAAUUCCUACGGUUACCCAGUCACUACCACAAAAUGGUCCACAAUUAUUACUACGCAGACUGUAGCAACCACCAAGACGGUCCCGACUACGAAGACUGUAGCAACCACGAAAACUGUGCCGACGACCACGAUAGUUCCGACGACCACCACUAGGAUUGUAGUUUCAUCUUAUCGGACUACUAUAACAGUCACGAACCAUUAUGGAUAUCCCGUCGUUUCGACCAAAUGGGUUACUGUCACAUCGACAAAAUCCUUCUCGGUGACUAAGACUGUACCCACGACUACCACCAGCAUUAGCGUUUUCACAACGUCUAUUCCAUACACAACCACAGCCAUUGAUUCUUACGGAUAUCCGGUUACUACGACAAAAUAUUCAACCAUCAUCUCAACCACAACAGUUCCAACGACGACCAGUGCAAUAAGUACCACUGCGUUAUACUUUACCAGCACAAGCACCGUUGUAGUCCCAACUUAUAUAACUACCACGAGUACCAUUACAACAAGUGUUCCAUAUACCGUGACUUCAAGUACCACCUUGUACACACCAACCACAAUCGUCAGCCUAGUGACGAUUACGUCGAGUUACACCUCAACAUACACGACCAGUUUCACUGCAACGGCUACGACUUCAGCAACAGUUACCUCUACGACAGUCAGCCCGACUACCACGACCACGACGCUGCCAGGUGAAGUCGUGACGACUACUCUUCCAGGAGUUGUUACGACAACUACAUUACCUGGGGUGAUCACAACAGUCGCCGGUCCAGGUACUGUUAUAACCACCACUGCUCCUGGCAUUGUUACUACCACCACACUUCCAGGAGUUGUUGUAACUACGACUUUGCCCGGAGUGGAGAGCACUAUCACUUUACCUGGAACGACAAUUGCUGGUCCAACAGUCACUCAGCCUGGAGUCACAUUGAUAGGACCUACAAUCACCGAACCCGCUUCAACGGUCACUCUUCCCGCUUCCAUAAUAACCACAACUUUCACGUCGGUACAAGCAGGAACCACAAGCGUUGUGACCUCAGUGCUCACACUUCCUCCUGUCACUACAACCGUCACUGGGGCAUCGGGAACCGUGACAAACACUGUGACCUUGACCGAACAAUUCGUAUGCCCAAAACCUACGAACUCAGCACCGGUCAUUGGGGCGUAUACCGGAAAGGAUAGUCUUUGGGGAUGCAAGCCAGGGUAUAUCUGUAAUCCACCAAAGCCGAAUGGAUGCACUCUCUUCGCAGAUCCUCCAGACUAUAGCUAUCUCUGCCCAUCUCAAUCGUACUGUAUACUUUCGCCGCCGUCUAGCGAUGUUACAUGGCCAAAAGGGGAGACUGAUUAUUACCCACCAACUGAAGGGUACUACAACUUGAAUCCAAACGCUUUUGGUCUUGAUUACACGAUUUUUGUCAACAAGAUUGUCACCGUCUACGUCUUUGGUCCCAAGGGCAACAAAUACCUUACCACAUAUACAACUGGAGACUAUGCGUCCAAAACACUUCUUGACCAUUACCCUCCAGCGGCGUCCACUUCGGCGACUAUCAGACCCGCCAAACGAGACACAAUUGUCGUUCGCCAGUUACUCAAGCGCGACGACACCAUCGUUCCAGCAGUCUGCUUUGCUCAAUGUAACAAUGUCUACAUCGAAGCACAGAAGGUUGGGAAAUCACCCGCACUUUGCGCACCAGAUUCUGCGUUCCAGUCGGACUACUCUUCUUGCCAACAGUGUGUGGUUGACAAUGGUGAUACUACGAAAGUCACGCUUCAGACCUAUGUCGUUCCUCAAUUUGAGCCGUUCAUCAACUUCUGUAGAGAAACUACGGCUCAAUCUGCGGUCCUGCCGUCAGUGAGUACUCAGACCGUAUUGCCAGUGGCUCCAACUCAAAUCGCUGUGGUCUCGAUCCCAACACCACCUGCUGUUACAACUCAAGCCCCUGUUAACACGAACACGCUUCCUGUUCCAAUCGCAACACUCGGGCCGUUCUUGAACACCACUUCAUCUUCAUCGCGGGCUUCCUCUUCUUCCUCUGCGGCCUCCUCUACUGUAUCCACUGAAUCGGAGUCCUCCACGGAGUCCUCCACGGAGUCUUCCGCAGCAUCUUCCACCACUGUAUCGUCAAGUACUACUACUCCAGUCGCUACACUCCCAACUACCUCUGACUCGAGUGUUGCACCGCCAUCAACGAGCGCUCCAGACACGACAGGCACCCCAACCACCACCGGCCCUCCUGUCCUAAUCACCGGCACCAACGCCUCCCCACAAACCGCGCCCUCUCUAAUCCUCCUCGCCAGCAUCGCCCUCCUCUCCCUCCUCUCCCUGUUACUAUAA